CUCAGGCUACCGAGGACCCCACUUCUGGUUCCACCCCACGCCCACCUCCGCUCCGUUCCCACGGUUAUAUCUCCAUUUACUUGGGGGUAGCGGGGAGCCAAAGGGCUCGGUGAAGUCAAGCCUUGCAAUCACCUGGGGAACUGGGGGAGUAGGCAUGGAGAGAAGAAGGGAGAGAGACUGGCGGCUGCUACAAAUGGCUUCACUCACUGGCCACGGCAGUCCCAGUGCCACCUCCUCUAAUCGAAAGUGAAAGAGGAGUCGGAGGAGAAGCGCCGGGCAGGCUGGCCAGCACCGGGUGUUUGGGGAGCUUCCUCCGCGGAGCCCCGGCCCUGCCCGCGGGUGGGAUCGUGGGGAAGGGCAGAGGGCGAGGAGGGGCCUGCGAGCCGUCUCCAUGCGCGCGGAGGCGGCGCGCUGUCUGCUGCUCUGCUUGGCUCUGUGCGGCGCAGCGGAAGCCGAGCCCGGUGCAGCAGAAGGGCAGUGGCGGGCUGUGGAUGUGGUCCUCAGUUGCUUCCUGGCAGUGGAAGACAGGCACCGUGGAGCUUUUGCAGGCACUGCCAACAGGGAGAAGGCCUUGCUCGUGCUGAGGCAGGUGCCGGUGCUGGAUGACGGCUCCCUGGAAGGCUUCACCGACUUCACUGUGGCCCAAGAUGACCCCCCUGUUAUCUUCGAGGCCUCGGUGGACCAGGUGCAGAUUCCCCAGGCCGGGGCCUUGCUCCACGCCGACUGCAGUGGCAGGGACCUGACCUGUGAGAUCUCCCACUAUCACCUCCAGGCCAGACAGGAGGCCAGUGUUGAGAAAGCAGCGUGGUUCAUCAGUAACGUGCAGGUGUCUGGAGGGGGACCUAGCGUCUCCAUGGUGAUGAAGGCUCUCAGAGACGCUGAGAAUGGGGCUGCCCUGCACCCCACGCUGAAACUGCCGCUGAGCUCCCAGGGAACUGUGCGGACCACAGUGGAGUUCCAGGCGACAACAAGGACCCAAUCCUUGAAUGCCUUGCUGGGGUCCUCGGUCUCCCUGCACUGCAGCUUUUCCAUGGCAGCAGGCUUGGACCUCAUCAGCGUAGAGUGGCGGCAACAGCAUAAGGGCAGUGGCCAGCAGGUGUACAUCUGGACCACAGGAAAGGGGCAGGCCAAGCGAGAUGGUGCUACCCUGGAGCCGGAGCAGCUACACGUGGCCAGGAAUGCCUCCCUCACCCUUCCCGGGCUCACUGUAAAGGAUGAGGGGGUCCACAUUUGCCAGAUCACCACCUCACUGUACCAAGUUCAACAAAACAUCCAGCUUAACAUCCAAGCUUCCCCCAAAGUACGACUGAGCUUGGCCAACACAGCCGUGCCACCCACCCUCAUCUGCAGCAUUGCUGGCUAUUACCCUCUGAACGUGGCAGUGACGUGGACCCGAGAGGAGCCAGCCGGAGCCGCAGUCCAAGUCUCCGGUGCCUCCUUCUCCAGCCUUAGGCAGAGCCCGGCUGGCACCUAUACCAUCUCCUCCUCCCUCACAGCAGACCCCGGCCCUGCAGGCGCCACUUAUACCUGCCAGGUCACCCACAUCUCCCUGGAGGAGCCCCUCGUGGCCAGCACCUGGGUGGCCCCAGCAGGGGAGACAACGGCCUCUGGAUUCGUCUUUGCCAGCAGCCUCUUCCUUCUCGCACUGUUGUUCCUGGGGUUUCAGAGAUGGCAGGCACCUGCGAGAGCUGGGCUGCUUCAGGUACAAACAGUGGAGACCACUUCCCGUGCGACCCAGAUCUCUCAUCCCCGUGAAGACUGCAGGGCAAACACACACCGGCCCUGCUGGUCUAAUGUAACACCAGAGUACUAGAAAGAAAUGACACUCCCCAGACAACCAGCGAGUCGGUUUAACGGUAGGAAUCUGUAUUUUUUGCCUUUGCUGAGAAUACAUGAAAUCGGUAAAUGCCACAUGCCUUUGGUGGAAGUACAACUGUAUUACUCUAUACAAGUAUGAGGUUAGGGUUAGGAAAAAAGACAGAGAGGCGAUGACAGACACACGGUGGACACCCCACAUCAUCUCAUGGCAAACUGGAGAAGGGGAUGUGGGAAGCUCAGCUUCACUUGACGGCCAAGUCCCGGGUUCAGUUGCAUAUUUGCUCAUGCACAUGGGCGGUGGGGAGGACAGGGGACAGCAAAGACACAGAAGAGGGUCUGGGAGGGGUGAGAAAGAAAGUAGAAGGGCUAACAGCCCUCCAAAAACCAAGACAGCUACAGCUGGUAAGCCUCACAGGGACAGAAACCCGGGAAAGGUGUCCCAUGAGAGGGCGGGGGGGGGGCGGGCAAGAGGGCAGAUUUGCUCCAGGCGUGGGGCAGAGCGUGGAUAGUGGUGGUUCUUCUCCAGCGGUGACCCCUGCCUGAGGCAAGGAGGAGCCCAGAGGAGAGCGGAGGCCUUCGAGGGGCCCGCUGGGAGGGUACACUGACCGCUGUCUUCCAGCUCUUCAGUCCCGCCCUGGGGCAGGACGAAGGGACCGUGGGAAGUCGGGGCAGAAGGAAAGGAAGGAUGGUUUUGCACCGUGAAAUGCUGCAGCGUGGAACGUGGGCCUCCAGGCUGGGCCCGGCACAGCCCCAGCCUCCCCCUGCGCGUGGAUGGGAGGACGGAGGGAAAGCGGGCCAUGGGGACCCCACUUGUGUUCCCAGCUGGCACUCCUCCCCCACCUGGGUUUCCUGAAGCUUAGCCCCUCUUCCCAUGGUGACUGACUGGCUCGCACCCUCAGGAUCCGCUCUCUGUACACACAAACCAAUCGAGGAGGAAAAGAAAGGGGGACAAAUUCCGGGUGGGAAUGGGUGCUUCUGAAGGGGGACAGAGAAGCACCCCACGACAGGACAGCCACACACAAGCACACCUGCCCAACUGCUCUGUGUCCUCGAGGCCAGCCAGGCCCCAGGAGGGACCUUUUGCCCGCCCCUCCCUUGAGCAAGGACACUGGGGUGGUGUGGAGGAGAGGCUUCGGGGGGUCCUGGGAGCCCCCCUUCUAACAGCCUCACACUUCUUCAUGCACCUGACCUUCCUUAGGGAGAGGCAACAAGCUCGCUGUUUUCAGCGCAGGCCCCUGAAUCACUGCUUCUCUGUAUCUAACAGGCUUUCCCAUUCUCUUUGCCACUAAUUAAAAUUAAUUAAGAGUCUCCAGCUUCAAUUAGAUGAAAUCAUUUGGUGGUGCCGUAAACAGUAUAGAAUGCCGCAGAAAAGGGGAAGAAGAGAGAGCUCCUUCCAGUUAGCGGCAAUGGGACUGCUCCGGGAUGGAAGUCGGAGUCCCGGUAUUUUCAUGAUCACGAAGUGUUCCUCAGGCCAACAGAGAACAAAGCAAAAGGCUGUAAGAUCCCCAGAGAUUUAGAAACUCCUGAACUCACAGAUCAGGACUAACUGCAAAACCCAGGGUAUUGCAUGAGACUACGGUAGACUCUAGAUCAAUCGCCAGCACCCCCUUCAGGCCUGGGACAGCAGAAAAGCUGCAGGUGACCAGGGCAGUGCAGAGCAAGCUGCCGUCUUUCUAACUCUCCAGGGCCUCCUCUUGUCAGCGGCCUGGCCUGUCUGGGAGACGCUACAGGCACCAAUGACCUCCCCUCCCCUGCCUCUUGGCAACUGCCUGCGCACUUCUCCUCAGCCUUCCUAGGGCCUUCCAACCCUUCUUUGGCUCUCGGGGAACUGGAGUACACAGAAAGGGGGCAGGGAGGAGGCACCAGCUGUUGCCUUUCAGGUGGUGACGUCAAGACUGCGCCACGAGCAGCAUUUCCAGUGUGCAGGGACACGGAGCAAAU